AUGCAAGCAAUGAUGGCCGCUCCGUCCGGACAGAAUGUCGGCUUAUGCUGUCACUGCGGCAAAGGCCUCCCGUACAAUACAUAUCACAUCUCCUGUUUGUUCUGCGACCUCAACUUCUGCGCUGACUGCCACCGGACACACCCCGCCGCUCACCAGCCAUACUUUAAAUAUCUGCUCGACCGGAAAACCCCGCGAGGUGCGCGCCCAUCGCCGGCGUAUUGCACGAAAUGCAAACAUCCAUCUCAUUCGAGUCUGUCGUGCAAUGACUGCGAGUUCAAUAUCUGUGUCAACUGUGUAGCGACGAGUCGUGACCUGCUGGCGAAUCACGCGCAUGGCAAGUUGACCAUGACAAGAGCCCCGGAUGAUAUAGGGCUUGGGAUGUAUAGUUUGCAGUGUGACAGCUGCCAUGUCGGUGCUACUUUAUCGCAUUGCGGGCGCUGCCAGGGUGGAAUAAAAAAAGGACAAAACUUUUGGACAUGCGUGACAUGCAUCGUGGACUACAAUGCACAGAUCCGGUUCUGCGAAGACUGUCAGGACCCAGGACUCCGAGAACACGACCCAACUCACAGGUUUGCGUCGUUUCUCUACCGCGUCGACAUAACCAAGGACCCGAAAUACAAUUCUGUCAAAUGUCUGGACUGCAAGUCCCAUGUACCGUUCAGCGGCCGCGAACUGGUCCGCCACCCCCAUUCACGAUUCCAACUGGUCAUGGGCGAAGCAGAAAGGGAUCGCAGGUACUUUCAGAGUUAUCGAACAUGUGCUCGGAAACCGGUCAGAGACUUGGCAACCAUUUCCGCCGAAGCUCACGAUAUUCUCUGCGGCUGCUGUAACCACAAACUUUCAUUCAAUGCGAAAGUGUUCAUGUGCCCGACGUGUACCAUGAUUACAUGCGAGACAUGCGCUGAGUCCGGCGGUGCUCGUUCACACUCUCAUAUCAUGUUUCCAGUUUUUCUCGAGCGGACUAUUCCAUUCGCUCUGCUUGGACAGGCUGUGGCGAAAUCGAAUACCGCAGUCAAACACUGUGCCAAAUGUGACACCCCAGUAAACCCCGAAAGCGACUCGUUUAUUCAAUGCAAUCACUGCGAGCAAUGGGCUAUAUGUCUCCUCUGUACGAAACGGACCAACAUGCCCGUCCGCCACGCAUGUGCUGAAGCUGUCGAAAUGACAUUCUUUGAUCCUAUCAAGCAGGCAAAUAAUAUGGUCGUUGCAAAGAUUAUGAUGGCUCAAAAGGCCAAAGCUGCUGCUGCAGCCCUAAAGCAACAGUCAGCUCUCCAACCGUCCUUUUCGGUCCGUCGCAAAGCCCCAUCAAUCAGGUCAGGGUCCUCGAUUUCUUCGAUUUCUCCUGUCAUGCCUAUGGCUGAGUUGCCACAACUUCCGGCAGCUUCUCAACCUGGUUCUCAAUUAGCUAUGAAUCAACAGCUGGCACAACUCUCUGCCUUGGGUGCGACAGGACUACCCAUGCAGAGUGCUCUUCCUUCAAUUCAGCCGAGCAUUCAAUCACCAGUCUAUGGUCAAGAAGUGAGACGCAAGUCAUUACAGCCGGGAUUGAAAAAUGCGUCCAAAGCUAUGAUUGAUGGAUCAGCAAGUGCAUCAAAGGCGGCUUAUAACAAAGCCUCAAACAUGGUCGAGAACAUGGACAAGGACUCGAUGAAGAAAGUCGGGAAAAAGGUAGCAGCAGUCGCAGGCGCGCUCGGUGGGCAGGCAUUACGACAAUACGUACGACAGGAAACUGGUCUCACAAUCCCGCGCAUUCGUACGAAUCAGAAGCCAAACCAGCAAGCUCAAGUUGCGAAUGCACAGCUACAGGAGAUUCAAAAACUCAACGCUCUUAAGCAACAGUUGGAGAUGAAGCAAAAGAUAUUGCAACUUCAAAAUCAAGUAGCAUUGCAACAGCAACAGCAGCAACAGCAGCAAUUUCAACAAGCUCAGAACCAAGCAGCCAUAGGUGCUGCUGCUACUGCACCGAUAGUUACUCCCAAUAUUGUAGGCCAAGCUCAGCCAGGCGCGCCUCAAAUAGCUCCUAUACCAUUGAACCAAGGAGUCGCAGCCACUACGGUACUUCAUCAGCCGACACCGGUUGUGGGUGGGACGAAUAGUAUUCCUCCUGCCAUAGCAGGUGUGAGUACGCCAGGCCCAUACAACCCUAACUUGAACAUGGCUCCGACUCCUUUGAGUGAAGCAAACACACUUGGCGUGCCUGGCUAUAAUUCGGGUUCUUCAACUCAACCAAACAUGGCGCCAGGUGUGCAUGGCUCUGAUUCGAACGAAAUGGCGCCAAUUCCUGCGAGCGAGAUGCAAUGGGCUACUUCACACGCUAAUACCAUGGCUCCUAUACCACCGAGUGAAGCUCACGCCGCGAGCUUACACAGUUUCGAUUCCGAAAUGGCUCCUAUCCCAGCGAGUGAAUUGAACUCGUUGCAUGACAAUAGCAUGGCUCCUAUCCCAGCGAGUGAAAUGAACUCGUUGCAUGACAAUAGCAUGGCUCCUAUCCCAGCAAGCGAAAUGAACUCGUUGCAUGACGAUAGCAUAGCCUCUAUUCCUCCCAGUGAAGCUGGAAUGGCCCCAAUUCCGCCGAGUGAACAGCCUGGCGCAGAUCAUUCAAUUCCGCAUGAUGCAUCGCACCCUGCAUCUCAUCAUGCCAAUCCUGAGCACCAUGCAAAUGAACAUACACAGCAACCACACUCAGCAGCUCAUUCGAAUCAGCCGCAUGGCUCUGAACAUCACAGCAAUUAUCAUCAGCCAACGGUGGACGAAGAGCCAGAGACUGAGACUGCACAGUCCAAUACAAAUCCAACAUCAGGUCAUCUGACUAAUAAUGGCCCUGAUGAUGCAAAUGUUCACCCGUCAGAACAUCAGCCUCACCCACAUGUCAAUGGUCAUCACAAUGCUCAGCAGGCUCACGACAGUCAAUUUAACUCACAUGCCAACCACCAGCAAAGUCCUCACCAGUCGCAAACAAGCCCGUCCAACAACCAUCCAUUCUCGUCACCCUCGACACCUGCGCCGAGCCAAGGUGGCCAUCAGUUUACUCCACAGUCUAGCGGAUCUCCGCCUGUACAUGGCUCCCCAUCGAAUCUCCAUCCUUUCCCAGGAAGCCAGCCAUAUGCACCAACGGGCUCUAGCCUAGGUCAACCUCAUGCACAUAAUCCAACCCCUCAGCCACACGUAUACGGUCCGAACACUCAACCGCCAAGCCAAAGCCCAAUGCCAAUCAGACCCUCCGUGUCUGGAGGUCAGGCUGACGAGUAUUACGAUAGCCAUCCUUUAAAUCACGGAGUCACACCUGGACGUCCUCCUGUGAAUAACGUCACUCAGCAGCAACAAAAUAUCUCUUAUCAGACAAACGCACCCCCGCCAACUUCUCUCCCGCCGCACAAUCCCAUCACCGCAAUCACAGGGAAGCCACCUCAGAGCUCAGUAACGGCAAUGCCAGGAAACACUUUCCAGCCGCCGCCUCAGCUUCAUAAUUCGAUUCCGCCGAUGGCGAGCACCCCACAGCCGGGUUACGCUCAGCCACAGAACCCGAUCACUGGAAUACUACCUGGAGCAUCGCCGGCCCCGACAGCCAGUCCUGGACAGGUUCCUCCACAGAUCAACAUCAGUGUGCAAGCUGGUGCUGGUGGGACCGGCCAAGCCGAUGCCUCUGCAUAUAAUGCGGCCCAAGCGCAGCAGCAGGCUAACAUAAACAUGCAGAACCAACAAAUCCAGGCAUUAGAGCAACGUCUACAAAUGAUGAACUUGCAGCAGCAGCAAUCGAACCAACAGCUCAGUCAGCAACUUCAAUCUAUGGGGAAUCAACAAAAUGGAGGCAACUCAAACAUCAUUGAGCAACUGGAAUUGCAACUACUGACGGGCCAACUUGGAGGACAACAACAGGGAAACAACUAUUCGCUUCUUCACGAUGGACUUUCUAUCAUCAACAAUUUGACAUCGAACUCGGGUCAAAAUUACGGACAGAAUAACAGCAUGAAUAAUAUCCUGCAACAGCAGCAACAACAAGAGAACAACUUUCUCAAUCAACUUAACCAACUGGAACUCAACGAUCAAUCACAGACAAAUCAGCAAUUGGAGCAGCUGAACGCUCAGUUAGCCAGCCUAAACAGCAUGUCUGGUAUCGACAACACCUCUUUCACGAGCAACAAUUUGGACGUUAUUGAUGUUAGCAACUAUAACGUAAACAUCGACGUCAACCAGUCGAUCGACAUGCAGUCUACUGAUCUUGGAUUCGGCACAGACGUAGGAUUUGACAUGACAUCCAGCACGGAUGUGGCGUUUGGAAUGGACGAUGGAUCUGCUUUUGUAUCUGAGUCAACAUUUGAUUCUGUCUCUGUUGACUAUUGA